AAGUCUAUAAAACUUAAUGCAUUGUGUUCGUAACAGAUUUUCGUUUUCGGAACCGAAAAUGUAUUCAUCGAUGAGAACAUUUGCAGAAUGUCGACACAGUUUCACCCAGUUCCAUCAUCUCCCACUACUUGCCACUGGACUUCCUCUCUACCAUAUUUGGUGGUGAGAAAACGUUCUGAACGGAUGCUUCAGCUUUAUAACCCCUGUGGCGUGUCUGUGUUGCCCAUUCUGUCUGUGCCAUAACCAUAACUAACUACGGCAAGUAAAAUGGGUCAAUGCUAGGUAUUUUUUGUGUAUCCGCUUUCUGCACUGUCAGUGUCAACGUUUGGUUGUUGGGCCGAGUUGCUGGGAACAAACAAUAAUGAUGUCGGAGCAGGAGGCUCUGAAGUGCUCCAAUGCAAGAAACCGUGGAGGGACGCAGCGGGUUGAAGGGAAACUGCGAGCCAGUGUGGAAAAGGGAGAUUACUAUGAAGCUCACCAGAUGUACAGAACCUUAUUUUUUAGGUAUAUUUCACAAGCAAAGCACACCGAUGCCAGGGAGUUGAUGUACAAUGGCGCCCAGCUCUUCUUCAGCUACAACCAGCUUAACAGUGCUGCAGACCUGUCAAUGUUGGUGCUAGAGUCUUUGGAGAAAUCUGAGGCGAAGGUGGAGGAUGAAGACUUAGAGCACCUGGCUAAGCUGUUCAGUUUGAUGGACCCCAACUCCCCAGAGAGAGUAGCAUUCGUGUCCCGCGCACUCAAGUGGUCCACAGGUGGCUCAGGGAAGCUGGGCGCCCCCAAACUGCAUCAGCUCCUAGCAGUCACCUUGUGGAAAGAGCAAAACUACAGUGAGUCUCGCUACCACUUCUUGCACUCCUCUGAUGGAGAGGGAUGUGCCCAGAUGCUGGUGGAGUACUCAACGCAGCGGGGCUUUCGCAGUGAGGUGGACAUGUUUGUGGCACAGGCCGUACUGCAGUUCCUCUGUUUAAAGAACAAAAACAGUGCGUCUGUAGUGUUCAGCACAUAUACACAGAAACACCCCUCAAUAGAGAAGGAUCCUCCCUUUGUGCAGCCCUUGCUCAACUUUAUCUGGUUUCUCUUGCUGGCAGUGGAUGGAGGCAAAUUAACAGUGUUCACAGUGCUAUGUGAGCAGUAUCAGCCUUCCCUGAAGAGGGACCCUAUGUAUAAUGAGUAUCUCGACAGGAUAGGACAGCUUUUCUUCGGGGUGCCACCCAAACAGUCUUCAUCAUAUGGUGGAUUGCUAGGAAACCUGUUGAACAGCCUGAUGGGCUCAGGUGAGGGUGAGGAUGAGGAGGGAGAGGAAGCACAGGAGCACGGCAGCCCAAUUGAGCUGGACUGAGAGAACACAGGGUAGUGCAAGGCUGACCCCCCCCCCCCCCCCCCCACAUCCAACAAGAACCUGAACAAAGAGCAGGCCAAACUAUCCCCUCAGUACUGCCUGGACUGCGCCAAAAUGCAAACUCCUUUCGUUUGAGUUAUGUUUGUUUUUUUAUAUAGUUUUUGUUUCUUCGUUUUUGGACAAUUCUCUGUGUAGGUUUGUUUCUUUAAAAAGGAUAAGAGAGCAACUGCAAUCCUUCCUUCCCUGGACUUAUUUUCUCUCAUCCACAGGGACAGAAAAGAUUCAACAAUGGCUGUGUAUUCAUUUCAGUCAUAAUUCAACUCGUAAAAUAACACAUCAGCCUGGGAUACUACAACAACAAAGAACCUUUUCAUUCUAGGGAGUGCUGCUUUUUCUCCUCAUAUACCAUGCAUCUUCCACAGGUGCAGGUAGUAAUUUUUAUUCAAGAAUUACUAUAAACAACUUGUAAUGUGGUAGUUGCAUGGUGUAGAGACAUACCUGUCAGGCAUCGUACACCUGGCUGCAAGCUAAAGCCGGACUUGACCAUUACUCAUAAUCCAUAUGAAAGAUUACGUGUGUUUACGUCGACAGGAGUAGGCGGGUAGAUGGCACAGGAGGUUGGUGGCACCUUAAUUGGGGAGGACAAGCUCAUGGUAAAUGGCUCGAGGGGAAUGGUAUAAAACACAUGGUUUCUAUGCGUUUGCCAUUCCAUUAGCGCUGUUCCAGCCAUUAUUUGGAGUCAUCCUCCCCUCAGCAACCUCCACAGGUAGAUGGGUAUGCUCAGGUCAUAUACCUGUGUGUGUUAAAUGUGUUUGGCAUGCUCAUGUGAAUGCGAAUCAGAACCCCCCCCCCCCCAAUACAUUGUCAGAUUGAGUUGGUGACUUCGCCAUUUUGUCAGUCCAGAUAUUUGAGACCAGAAAAAAAAAGAAAUUUAAAAAUACUAAGAUAAAAACAAAAAAAAUCCCAGCUUACUGUGGAAUUAUAUUGUCUAUAUCCAGAAGCUUAAUUAUUAAUCUCACAUGGUUUUGUUUAAAUAUACCCCAGUAUCCAACAUGAAGAUUCCUUUUGCGUGUAUACAGUGGUUGUUUAAGCCAGGUCUUUGACAUUUUCCACUUAACUAACUUUAUGUGUUUUGGGAAUUUCUUGAAUUCAUGUUUAAGAAGAGUGGUGAAAGGUUCUUAUCUAUUUUGGAAUUAUAACUGCUAUUGAAAUUGUCACGUGACUCUUCCAAGCUAACAGACACAUCCUUCAGAUAUUAUUGUAAUGUAACAUCUUUGAUAAUAGCCAUGAUGUCCAUAAGUGUUACUACUAUAACAUAUGCCAUUUAGCAGACGUUUUUAUCCAAAGCUACUCUGUGCGUCUAUUUUACAUAUGGAUGGUCCCAGCAGUAGAACACACUACCCUGGCUUUUCUAGCGUGUUGCUCUAGCAACUGAGCCACAAAGGAUCACUACAAAUAUCUCAUCUUUAAAAAAUAAGUUCAUGCCAUUGGUUACAUCAUUAUUCAAUGCACAAACUCAACAAGAUAAGUUGCCUGGAUAGCAUUAAAGGCCUGAAUAUAUAUUAUUCCUUCUGGUGUGUGAGUAUGUACGGUAAUGCGCAGAAUAUUUAGGGAACACUACCGGAGUUGAGGAAUAUGUGUCAUCAAAGGCUUUUUAGACAGACCAGGGCUCUGGCAAGCAAGCCAGCAUGGUGAACAUAACAUUUGAUUUUUGAUUAUUUAAUUUGAAUGCAAAUGGGGGUUGUUUGCCUUUUUAAAUGAUUCACUAAUUGAGUAAAUAAACACAAAUGGUGAUA